CCGCAUAUACCCCUGAGCCACGAGGUCCGCCUCGCACGCUCCUCCGUACUGAUCCUCGCCCGCGGCCCAUCCCCAACUCCCUCGACGACGGCGAAGAUGGCGAGCGACGGCGCGGUGGCCACGCCGUUGAAGUUCACCCAGAAAAAGGCCAACCUCCUUGAUCCCCACUCCAUCAAGCACCUCCUCGACGAGACCAUCUCCGAGGUCGUGAAGAGCAAGGGCUACACGGAGGACACACGGCUGGGCAACUGGAAGCUCGCGAUCGGGACGGCCGUGAUCGCCAUCGCGCUUCUCGCGCAGUUCUACCCGAAGAAGUUCCCCCAGAACAGCGAGUUCCUGCUCGGCUGCAUCGCGCUGUAUGUGGUGAUGAAUGUGGUGCUGCUGAUCCUUAGCUACGCCAAGGAGAAGGAUGCCAUUAUCUUCACCCACCCUCCAGCGGGUUCUUUCAGUAGCACUGGCCUAGUCAUUUCUUCGAAGUUACCAAGAUUCUCGGACAUGUACAAUCUUACAAUAGCCAGUGCGGAUCCACAGUCUAUCUCUGCUCAUAAGCCUGUACAUUUCACUAAGAGUGUUACAAAAUGUGUUCUUACUAUCUUGGGCAGGUUUACAAAGGAAGGUGUUCUCGUGGAGGGCCUGUUCUGGAAGGAUGUUGAGAAACUGAUUGACGACUACAACAGUGAGCGCAAGAGCAAAUGAAUUAGUAGCCUCUGCGUCUGAUUGUAUGCAGAAAGCUUAGACUAAUCAAAAUAGACAAUGUUUUUGCUACAGUACUGUUUGACUGGAGAAUGAAAUAUCGUUCAAGAUAAUACACCAUUGGAGUUUUUUUUUAGUAUGCAAGUCUAUCCAUCAGUGUUUGAGUA